GUGCUGUCCCGAAUCCCUGCGGAGUAUCGGGCCGGAAUGUCUAGCAUUGAAGUGUCACUUCGGAUGCUGGGAACCCACGCCCUCCACGCUCGGCUCGCUGACCUCCACUCAAUGUCUUUGCGGGAUGUGCUCACUCACCUUUUGCAGUCUCCAAUACAAACUGCUCUAAGUGAUCUGGCACCGCUUCUUGACAACACCAUCACCAUGGCCACCGCCUCGGGCGUCCCCAUCAUGCUGGGGUUGAGCGGUGUGGGCGGCAUGCAGACCAUGCUCAUGCACUACGCGGGGGGCGAAGGGGGCUUGCUCGAGACGUCGCUUAGUGCUGGGCUGGCCGUGAAUGCGAAGCUGGACAUAGGCCAUGGUCGCCCCUCGGCCCUCAUCAGCAACUACCUCUGGUCCCUCGACCUUCCCUUGAGCGCCAGCUACAGUUACAAGGAGUCAGGCAUGAGAGUGAGUCUCCGCUUGCCCCAAGAUUGGACGGGCCGCGUGUGGCAAGAUCAGCGCGACACAGCGGUAGGCAACAAACGCCAACAGCUGAGGUGAGUGUACGGUGCAGACAGUUUCUACGGAAACCAGUAAAUGCAAAUGAAUUCAUUUACAUCCAUGUCUACAAUGAAAAUGUAAUGAUAACCUCAAAUUAAUGGAAAUGUUUCAACUUAGAGAGAAAUAUAUAACGAACACGCUUAAAGAGCUUAAUUAUGGUAAUAAACAAGAAAAUUAAUAGGAA